UCUUCACCAAACUUGGGAUAGAUCAACAAAAGAGAAAAAAACAAAACAAAAAAAAAAAUCUUGAUUUUUUUUUUGUGGUUUAGAAAAAAUCUUGAUACUAGAAGAAGAAAAAAGAAAUUAUGUGUUGUGGAGAUGAUUGUCGAUGUCGUCCUUUAGGUUUUCUAUUAGGUCUUCCAUUUGCUUUUGUAUGUCUCCUUCUAUCCAUUGUUGGUGUUAUCAUAUGGAUUGUUGGAAUUACAUUGAGUUGUUUAUGUCCAUGCUGUAUUUGCGUAACAGUAUUGGUAGAGCUGGCGUUGGCAUUGAUUAAAGCACCCUUUUCGGUUAUGAUGUGGUUCACUGAACAAAUUCCUUGUUAGAAAAAAAAAAAGACUCCACGUAUAAAAAAUUAUGUUUAAUUUUUUUAUGUAUUUUUUUUUCUCAUGAGAGAAUUUAGGUGUAUUUUUAAUGUUUGAAAUUGAUCAUUUGUUUUUAGCAUUGCUGUAAAACGUAUAUAUCUGCUGUUGCUAUUA